UCUCAAUACAAUAGAUUGCAAGCAAACAACGUUUACUUCCACUUCUUAGGACCCAUAAUUUAUCAUUAUGGCGUUAAUGCCAAGGAGCAACCAUGAGUUGAAUUCGGUGCGCUAUAGAUUGAGAAUAGAUAUUUAGACCAUGCCAGCGGCGGAUGUGUAACGCUUCAACUACAGCACAAAAAUUAGUUUCCAAAUCUGCUGAAAAAUUAAAAAGAGAUUGUCUUCUCAUCAGUAUCCAACCAUGGACGCUUCCGAACUAGUCAGUUCUAGGUUUCGCUGGCUCCUUGUCUACAUGUCCGACAUGUUGGUCCAGGACGACGUAGACAAAGCCGUCUUGUAUCUCCGUGAUCGGCUGGGGCCCAACUACGACACCAUCAACGGGGACGCUCUGAAGUUGUUUGAAGUACUCGAACGAGAGAACCAAAUCCACGAGGGUGACACAGAGCUCCUGCGGAUGUGCUUGACCACCCUGAAGCGAAUCGACAUUCUUGAGUCGCUGGACGAGUACGAGAGAGAGCGCCAGGCUGUGACUCGGAAACUCAAGAUACGAUGCUCCUCCGUCGACGGGCCAUUCUUCGGACACCGUGACAUCAUGGACCAGAUUGUUGGUAUCCUGGACACUUCCUACGACCAUGUGCACAUGGUCUGCGUCGCUGGCAUGCCGGGUACCGGAAAGACGCGCCUGGCGAACGAGGUAUGCCUCAGGCUCCGACAGUUCCACAAGGUGAUCUUUGUGGAUCUGCGGGAGCUGAAGAACAUUGAGGCAAUCUUCUUUGCAAUCAUGCAUGCGUUUGGAGUGGAAAGUCGUACCUACGACCCGGAAGUCAUGUACGGCAAGUUGAGGUCCUUCGACCCAGCAGAGCAUGGUGGUGCUGUUUUGUUCCUAGACAGUGUUGAUGACCCUUUAGAUCCAGGCUCGGGAGCCUUCCCGAACCCAACCUACGAAGACUUCGUCUCAAUGCUGGAGAAUAUCACAAACCUGGCGAACAAGCGGCUAAAGCUGCUCAUCACGUCACGGUUCGGAGUAGAGAAAAUACCAGUCAAGAAAGGCUCCAUGGAUUGCUGGCGACUGGACGGGGAGAACGAACUGGACAUGGAGAGCGCUGUGGAGAUGGUCAGAUACCACGCUGGAAAGACACGUCUUGUGGAUGACGAUGCAGAAGCAUUUGUACGCCUCUGCAGCAAGAUUCCCCUUGCUCUCAAGGUAGUCGCCAGCCGCCUCCAAGACCAGACAGUCAAACCUAAGGACCUCCUCCGGUACAUUUCACCAGCUUCAGGCGACAGGGAGCAAGGCCUCAACAUCACCAAGGCCCUCUCUCACUUCGGGCUGUCGCAGAGCGACCAGAUCGGCCCCUGCCUCAAGAACACCAUUCAGAAUCUGCCGGCUGUGAAACGACGCAAUCUGAUCAAGCUGGCCGUGAUUCCAGGAACGUUCACCCUGAAGGUUGCCCGUGUGAUUCUUGGCUACAGACGUAAGCAGCAGGUGGAGCUACAACUGGAGUUGCAGGCUCUCAAGUAUCGCAGCCUCCUGGACAGCAAGCAGGAGACGGACUCCAGGUGGUCGCAAUCCAAGGAGGACAGCACACGCUACAGCCUGCAUCUCUUGCUGCGCUCGUUCGUCCAGCAGUUCGUCCAAGAGACCGAGGGCGAGAUGGAAACCCUCUUCAAUGAAGCCGAGAUGCUCUUUGUGGACUACUACGGUAAGAGGAUGAAGAAGCUCGCCAAGUUGCUGCAGAGCAGAGCAGUGGCAGCACUAGGAAACCUUCAGGAAGACUCCGCCAACUACAUAAAGGCUCUGAACAUAAUGAAGACUUCCAAAGAGUUUCAUGUACCAGACGCGAUCUAUUGGCUGUAUCUCAUCGUGGAGAUGCUGUUUUUCACCAAGGACCGUCUCAAAUUCUACCAUGAGAGAGCCCUGUCGGCUAAGGAGCAUGGCCAGAUGCUGGUUUAUGCCGAGAGCAAAUGUCAUGAGGUGUACCAACUGAUGGACCUUGGCCACACAGUCGAAGUCCUCCUGCCUAUGAUUCAAGAAGCUGAAGACGAAUUGAAAAAGCUGGAUACAACGACAAUCGGCGUACAACUCGGCCUCGCCACCUGCUAUCACUUCCGCGGAGACAUCUACCUUCGAAACAGAAAAUGGGCGGACGCCAUCCCGCAGCUCGAAAGAUGUCUGGCCAUCCGUCGGGCUCACCUGAAAGAAGACGACCUCUUGACCGCCCGGGCAUACAACUCUCUUGGUGGAGCCUACCAAGACAAAGCGAUGAUCGAUCCCGGGCUCGCUCCGGCGUUCAUCAGAAGCGAGAAGGAGAGAGGGAAAGAUUGUUACCGGAAAGCGCUAGCUAUUUGUCGCAGGAAGACGGGGGCUCAUGGACAACAUUUAGAAGUACCUACAUUUCUCAUGAAUUUAGGUACCUGCCUCCAUGAUAUGGAAGAUUAUGAAGGUGCGGUGGACUACUACAAACAGGCCAUGGAACAGGAGAGACUGCUCGGAAUGGAAGGAACGGACAAAAUGUUUACUUCCCUCAAGAAUAUUGCUAUGAGCUACUACGAGAUGGGAAACUAUGAUGAUGCAAUCCCCAUCGCCAGACAGGCCAUGGAGGGCCGUAAACGUCUCCUUGAGGUACACCCGCUGACCGCUCGCAGCGUCUACUUCGUCGGCUCGCUCAACCUCGUCAACAAGAACUACAAGGAGGCCCGGAAGUACCUGGACGAGGCACUGACGAUGGAGGAGGAGCUCUGGAGGAAAGGGAUGGCUCACAGCAUCGAUUGGCCGAGACUCAAGAACAAGCUAGAGUUCUUGCUGACAAAACUCGGGAAGUCGACGACUCUGUCGGCUUACAAGCGACGCUUCAGGGAAGCAGAGAAUAAGAGCAACCAGCACAAGCCCAAACUGGAAGUCCAAGAUGCUAGUGAGACGGACUCGUCAAUCUCAACAUCAACUGACAGUGAGUCCUUGUUGAAAAGGAAGAGGGGAUCUUGUUCAAGCACAGAUUCCUCAGUAGAAGACGAGGCCAAACUCCAUCGUCAAGUAACUCCCGCUGAUAGUAAUUUGCGCCAUUCGUCAGUUGAGGGCGAGGCCAAACUUCAUCGUCGAGUAGAUUCUGCUGAGAGUAAUUUGCCCCAGGAGAGAGACGUACAUGCACAUAUAGAGACCAAGCCGAAAGGCAAGAAAAGACGUUCCAACAAUGAUGCGGAUGACUAUGUGGAGACGGACUCCAGCAUCACGAGCGUUUCUGGGUUCUCCAUGAAAAUGAGACUGGACGACAAUAUCACAGUUCAUUUCCCACCAGCCGCUCCAGUCGACGAAGAAGAGGUGAGCUACAAGUGGCCACGCUGUGUCAUCAGCUAGUGACAGAGGUCAAGGUCAGAGAUCAAGGUCAAAGGUCAAAGUGUAAUGUAGUUGGGUCAACAUGAGUGAGAGUCUGACACAGUAAAAAGGAUAGAUUUUAAAUGUGAUAAUUAUGAGGGUUUACAUCAUUGCAAUUCUUUGGGUUUUAUUCCAAAAGUUAAGAAAUUGCAACAGUUGGGGGUUUAAAGCCCACUAAAAUGAACUAAUUAUAUAUGCUUUACUGGAUUGCAAUAGUUUGUGUUAUGUCAUAUGUGAAGAUCCAACAAUUUGGGGAGUUGCAAGGGUGAGGGGUUCCAAUCCCAACCCCACUACCGACUCGGGGGAAGGUAUAGAGCAAACAGUGCUUAACAUCCAUCGUACAGGGGUAACAAACAAUUGUAUUCAAUAUCUCUCCGUAGUAGUCUGACAUUUUUUUAUUUUUUGUUUAAAUGUAACUAAAAUUGCCUUUAUCUUUGUGUGCGUUUCUUAACAAGGAAAUAAAUGAUGGCUUGUUCUUAAGCUAAAAAAAAAAAUAGAAAAGCUUUCAAAUUUAAUCGUACUCGGUUUACAUUAUUAAUUGUGUGUUGUAUUUUUUAUCCCUCAGUACUAGUCUGACAUCUAUUUUUUUUUUAAUGUUACUGAAAUCUUCUAACUUUGUGUGUGUUUGUUAAAAAGAAUAUUAAUGAUGGCUUGUUCUUACAGUCUUAAGUUUUAAAAAAACUAGUUCAGCUUUAAGUUAACAUUUAAUCGUACUAAGUUUACAUUUUUAAUUGUGAAUUGUUCUUUCUCAGCAAACUUCUCUUUGAAAAAGAGAAACUGUAGAUAUAGAUAUAAUUGUGUGUCACAAUUACUCAGUAAGCGUUUUAAUACACAGUGUUAUUUUAUUCCAGAAUUGUACAUUCCAAGAGCAGCCCAAUAAUCGUAAGUUAAAGACAGUGGACACUAUUGGUAAUUGUCAAAGACAAGUCUUCUCACUACAUGUACAUGUAUCUCAACA